AUGGACGUUGGCCCCGCUCCUGCUGAGAUUAAAGCACCUUCAUCGCGGAAGCGGAGACGCAUUGAAGAUGUCAAGCCUGUUCGUGUCCCGUCGAAGGCGUCUAUUCGUAGUAAAGCCGCUGACACCCCUGCGCCGGCUACACGAGUUGGAAAACGGCUUCGUCACACUGUUUCUACAGGCCGCGCCCUUGCAGCUCAGCCCGCCACUCGCGUGUUCGCAUUGUGGAGGCAAGAUGGUCAUUAUUAUGCAGGCACCGUCCACUCGUUACAGACCGGUACUAAAUAUCUCAUCAAAUUUGACGAUGAGACGGAGGACCAUGUGGAUGUCGCUAUGCUCCGUCGGUGUGAACUGCGAGUCGGAGAUGGAGUGAUCCUUUGCCACGGUAAUCUUCGCGGUACUGUGGUAGGUAUCAGUCGGAUGCAAUCAGGAUCCGUCAGUGUCGAAGUUGAUGAUGGUUCUGACACCAUAAGCUCAGACUACGCCAUUUCGGACCUCCGGAUCGCCUCAAGAGUUAUCCAGUCUCAUUGGAAAGAUCGCACUCUUACUGCAGAUUCCAUCGUCACAAUCAUUCGACCGAAGUCUCUACGUACUACGCCCUCACCUUCCGGAAUGUCCUUGAUGAGUACCACCUCACUCAAGCAUAAGAAGCCAUUCGCGAGGACCGGUUUCGUCGUGACGCUCACCGUUCGCACCAAGCACCCUGAGAAAAUGAAGGACAGCGUGAUGCUAGCUAUCAAGCACAAUGGAGGCACAGUCAUUGACGACUGGUCAAGCAUUUUCCCAAUGGAGGGUACUCAUAGCCAGUCAAAUAAACGCUGGAUAGCUUCCCAGGAAAACUUCAAGUUCAAGCCGACGAAGCCCGAGUUCGAGGGUUUGGAACGUGUAUUCCUCCUAGCCGACGAUUACAACCAGAAGCCGAAAUUUCUGGUGGCUCUCGCUCUUGGGAUACCAUGUCUGUCUAAUGAGUGGAUACGAGAUGAUUAUCUAGACAAACAAACAUCACCGGACUGGCAACCCGCACUGCUUCCUGCUGGGUUUUCAGAGUCAUUGAGUGCUCGGGUAUCUCAACUUGUUGACCUAGACUGGGGUAACUGCAAGGAGCACUUGACUGAUAUCAUGUCGAAUACGGUAGCAUCCAAGUUGUUUUCUGGCAAGACUGUACUGUGCCUCGGCUCUGAUCUCGUGCCCUUACCGUCACGCGGGGGGAGAAAGGGUGGUCCCGAUGCUACGCAAGACGCGAGCCGAGUCGUUCCUUGGAUUAUGAUUUGCAUGGGAGCUUCUCGGGUGGAAGCUGCGACUGAGGUCAAAUUUGCAUCCAGAGAUCUUCCUGCAUAUGACUAUGUUGUCGUCAAAGAAGCCACGGAUUUCCCCGAGGACCUUCAGGACGACGUAACGCUCGUUCACGUUCCAUGGGUGAAGGAUUGUCUUAUUUCAGGCCGGCUUUUAGCCUUGCCCAGUCGUUGA